AUGCCCGCAGUCGACCUCGUCGUCGACACCGACUUGUCGAUCGACGUGGACGACGUCGGGGCGCUCUGCCUCGCCCACGCACUCGCCGACCGGGGCGAGGCACAGCUGCUCGCGAUGACCCACGACACUGGCCUGUUCCCGCAUGGAGUCCGUGCCCUCUCAGCCAUCAACAAGUUUUAUGGGCGUGGUGACCUUCCCAUCGGCGCGUACGUGGGCGAGGUUGGCGACCCCGAGAGCACCCACGUAGAGCCGCCUUUCCUGUGGACGCGAAACGGGAGAGGCCACUACGUAGACGAGUUGGUCGCACAAUGGCCUCAAGGCAGGUCGACAACCGGCCGGUCGGUGGCGAAACUGCCCAGGGCCGUGCGUGUGUUGCGGGAUGCCUUGGCGACUGCGGCCGACGCGUCAGUAGUCAUUGCCGCCAUCGGCUUUGCCACCAAUCUUCGCGACCUCCUCCGCUCGCCGCGGGACAGCGAUGGCGAUGGCUUGCCCCCGGGAGUCGAGCUGGUGAGAGAGAAGGUGCGGCGCCUGGUCUGGAUGGGGGGGCGGGCGCGGCCGGUCUGGUCUAUACACCCGCCCGAAUGGAACUUUGCCGCCUGCGGCGGCGAGGCCUCUUGCGGCCCGUACAGUCAGCUCGGCGAGAUCACAAACGUGACGCUGGACGAGUGGCCGGCGGCGGUGCCAAUCAGCUUUCUCGGCUUCGAGGCGGGGGUUGAGGUUCAGACGGGUGGGUUCCUCCGCGACUACCCCGACGGCUCCUCGCCGUGCGCCGACGGCUACCGCGCCUUUUGCUCGCGGAUGGGUGGAUGGUGUGGUCUGGGCGGGCGCGCUUCAUGGGACCCGAUGGCGGUUCUCUACGCGGUGCGCGGCAACUCUUAUGGGCGCUACGAUAUCGAGCCGGGGCGAAUGAUGGUCGAUCCCCGGAGUGGACGCAACACGUGGGAUCACCGCGGGGGCUUAUCCCGCGGCACGGGUCAGGAGAACCUCCUGCUUUCCCCUCGCUGGUACACCAACAUCAAUGGGCUGAUGCUUGCAAAAACCGCCCUCACCUCGGCGUUUGUCCUCCUGCUCUUGCUCCUAGUGCUGCUCGAGUGCGCCUUGGUCACAGAUGAGCAGGAGCUUGGCCAGGAGGGCGGGUAUGCCGGAGCGGACGAGGCUGGGCCAAGCGCCGGAGACUCAUAG